AUGGCUUUUUUCAUGACCAUCUUUCUCGUCUUCGUUCUCCAGGUUAGUCGUGUACAGGAUUCUUACAGCCUGGCACAGAUUCAUCGCAGCGAGCUGAUGGGCAGGGAGUGGUACGAGUAUCACCCCACACGCGUCAUGGACUUCCGAAACAUCUCCCUGACACCGAAGAGCUACGAGCAGUGGAUGCGAAAGGCCGUCUACGAGGGUGAGAUGCGCUGCGUGGGGAAGUUGGAAGUCGAUGCAGACAACUGCAUUCCCGAUCUUCGCUCCGACGGCGACCCUUUCGUUCGCGAGGAGUGGCAGCUCUUUACACGCUCCCUUAGCUCUGAGGCGGCCUUGAAGCUGAGCGCAAGACCAGAGACAGCGGACCUGAACACCUUCUUCGACCAAAGCCCACCAGCUGCAGCCGAGGGAAUGACCAUGGGCUUUAUCCCUAAAGGGACCGUGCCCGUGGAAACGGCUGUGCGCUUCCGUACCUGGAAUGUGGGAGUCAUGCCCAACAACCACGCGCGGAUCAUCCUGCAAAUUCCCUGCUACACUGCGGUGACCAACGAGCGCUUCAAGGAGGAUUAUCCUUUCCAGCUCAACUCAGUGUUCCGCAGCUGCUCCACGACGGAUUGUAUGGGCAAGCUGCUACAGGAGCAGCAGGUGUGCUACUCCUUUGAUGGUGAGGAGCACCCGGCGGCGUCUGUCACAGGUGCCUCGACCGGGGUUUCCUAUGUGUAUACGACACAAGAAGGAGCAAAUGGUGUCGUCCUAGGGCUGGGUGGGACUCCGGCGGAAGCGGAAACCGUGAUGGACCUGCUUCUGCAGGAUGCAAUCCACCCUAUCAGCAUGACCCUUCAGUUCGUCACCUACAACGGCAACAUGGACAUGUUUACACACAGCCGGGUGUCUUUUGAACUGGAGCCAACCGGGGUGCUUUCAAAGAACGUGCACACGGUGGUCUUCCCUCUGAAUGUCUUCACCAUGGGCCUCACAGACUUCGCGGAGCAGCGCCAAAAUACGAACCAUGCGCUGUUUAUCACCUACGUCGUUGCCGCAGUCCUGUUCUUGAUCCUUGUGCUCCGGGAUGUGCUCAUCCAGCUACAGCUCACCUCGCUGCAGAAGCCAUGGUAUAUGUUCAUCCUUGACUUCUUCUUGGACGAUGUGUGGAACUUUCUAGAUGUCAUAGUUCUGGUAGUGAAUGGGCUGGUGAUUGACAGCAUCUUCCGCUACAUGAUGAUCGACGGCACCUUUGACUUGAGGAAUGGCUUUCAAUCCUGGACGGACAACUUUGUAUUCCUUGGUACUGCCAGCCUUGAAACUCAAGACGCCUACGAAGCCUUCGGCAAAGCUGCGAGACUGUACGACACCUUCAUCACGCUCUCCUCCUUGAACGGACUCGUCUUGCUCCUUCGUUUCGCCAAGUACUUUCGUUCCGUGAGCUCUCUACGCCUCGUCCUGACCACCUUGACGGCAGCGCUGCAAGAGCUCUUCAUGAUCUCGGCGCUGAUCAUCGUCGUGCUGGUAGCUGUGGUCUUGCUCAUGCAUAAUCGCUUCGGCGUGAUCUUCCACAGAUACGGCACGCUGGAGAGUUCCAGUCAGUCCGUGUUUUUCUUCCUGACGGGCUCUUUCGACACAGCUGACCUCUAUGGAGCUUUUCCAAUCUUCUUCCUCUUAGUCACGAUCUUGUUUCAGAUAUCCUUCUUGCUCAUCUUGAAUCUGCUCAUUGCGGCGAUCAUCUACCGGUGGAAGGAUAGCCGACGUGACGCCGAAGAUUUCUCCGUCCUCAGCUUUUGGACGACUCUGCGCGACAAUGUUAAUGUUUUCAAGGGGAACAAGGCGGGUGGCAGAAGCCACGACGAGAGGAAUCUGCAUAAGCUCGAUCCCUCGUUCUGGAGAAAUCUCGCGGUUCUCAGGCACAUCGACAAGCUGGACGAAAGUGGCAAGAUCAACUUCAACGCCGAUCGCCGAUCGGAAAGCCCCAAGGCAAGGAGAGAGGAGGAAGAGAACCGGGAAAGAGAUGAUGAGGAGGCCUCUUACGACGAGGAGGCUGGCAUACUGGACUUUAGCAACCCACAGGACCAGCACAGGUUCAUCACCGUCUUCAAGAAAGCACACAUGGAGAUAGCCUCACAGAUGACGAAGGACGUAGUGACGCCCGACGAAGAGGCCGAAAAGAGCCACGCAGCCGGAGUGGGGAGCUUGGAAGACAAGCCAGAACUGAUGGAUCUGCAAGCACAUGUCGAGAAACGCUGGGAGCAGGAGAUGGAAGCAGAAGCGCUGGGAAUCGUCGAAGAUCCCCAGGCGCCAAGCACGGUGCAGACGAUUCAAGACAAUCUGAAUCGCGAGCUGGAGAAAUCGAGUCAUCCCGCAGAGGAGAUUUGGCUGGAUGCUUUGCUGACAGUCUUGGAAGAUGCAAACGCACUGGAGAAGCUUCAGAAGCUCUUCCUUCCCCGGCCGAUGAUUGAGCCUAAGAAGGCCCAUGAGUGGAGCGCCUUCAUCCGGAAGAAACUGAUUCUGGAGCGGCGGCUCAACCAUUUCCUCCGUUGGCUGCAGGAGGAGGCCCGCGUGAAGCACUACGAGUACGUCCGGGAGAUGGCGGUAUCCAAGGAGCGAGUUCUCAAACAGCAGUCCUUGGUCCUGACGGACUACCUUCAGACGUUGGACGUCCAGCAGCUUGGGCUGAAAAGGUGGGCCGCAGAGCCCAGCUCAAUUCGAGUUGGCAGGGUGCAGUGCUUCGUGCUGAUAAGUACUUCUGUCUCGAGCAGCAGGUGCAUCGAUCCUGGCGACAAGAUCUUGCAAGUAGUUCACGAGUUGACGCGGAGGAAAAUUGGGGACAGGGCGCCUGCGCUGCAAUGGCCUGCGCUGUCGGUUUUGUGGCAAUAUCCGGUUGACCUCAUCUGCAGUGAUGAGUACAAGACUCAGGGUUUGGGAAUUGGGGUUGAGGAGCUAUUUCUGUUUUUCAUGGUCGUCAUCAUCGUCUACAUCUUCUCGAUUGCCUUCACUCAGCUGGCUCAAGGGACCGUGAUGGGCUCUGUCUACUUUCCGACCGUCCAGCAUGCCAUGUACUCGCUCUUGAUCUACGGAACGUUCCUCGACGACAUCGCGCCGUUUUGUGAUGCCGUAGGUGCAGAGUCGAUCGCCUGUUUGACUUUGGUCUUCAUCUUUUCCAUCUUGUCUGCAUGCACCGUUUUGAACCUGCUCAUUGGUGUCCUCUGCGAGGUUGUGUCACAAGUGGCGCAAAACGAGAAGGAAGACAUCAUGGUGCAGUUCGUCACCAUGAAGCUGCAAACCUUGCUCCAAUCACUGGACAUCAACAACGACGGCAGGAUUUCCCAGGCAGAGUUCGUGCAAAUCAUGGAGCUGCCGGAAGCGGUGCUGGCGUUGGAAGAGGUGGGCAUCGAUGCUGUCUCAAUCGUGGACUUUACUGAAUACAUCUUCGGUGGGGAG